AUGGUUGGGAGUAUCCUUUCACAGCACCGAUGUGUGGAGUCAGCCAAAAUCCGCAACAAAUACCCUGACAGAGUACCGGUGAUAGUGGAGAAGGUGUCGGGCUCCCAGAUAGUGGACAUCGAUAAGAGGAAGUACCUGGUGCCCUCCGACAUCACGGUGGCCCAGUUCAUGUGGAUCAUCAGGAAACGGAUCCAGCUGCCCUCAGAGAAAGCCAUCUUCCUGUUCGUCGACAAAACCGUCCCUCAGUCCAGCCUGACGAUGGGCCAGCUGUACGACAAGGAGAAGGACGAGGACGGCUUCCUGUACGUGGCCUACAGCGGAGAGAACACCUUUGGUUACGACACCUUUUAUACAGCACAGGGUUAA